AUGCCCCCACAUAACACAAAGCCCAGCUGCCCCAUCAUUAAGCAAGACUCUGGUCACCGCGGAAAUUCUAGUCAGUAUCGAGGGUCAGUUUUUGAAUGCGACAUCCUCAUUAUAGGUGCCGGUGCUGCCGGCCUAGCGGCGGCGGCAGCCGUGCAAGACCAAGGGCGCAGAGUCAUCCUUGUUGAGAAGGAGGACUAUGUCGGCGGCACCACUUUCAGGUCCGGUGGCUGCAUGUGGAUGCCCAACAAUUUCCGUAUGCAAGAGCUUGGGAUCGAGGAUAGCAAAGAGCAGGCUGAACGUUACAUUGCCGCUGUAGGGAAGGCUACAAGCCCAGGUCUCGACGAAGACAUUGUCCUUCGGGAUCUGCAGAACAGACGGCUGAAGGCUUUUCUGACGCAGGGACCGGAGAUGGCAAAGUAUUUCAGAAAUGAGGGUUUUCGCUGGAUGGCCGCCCCAUCCAAGUUUCCAGAUUACCACCCACAUAUGGAAGGAGCGGUCGCGUAUGGCCGCACUUUGGAUCCUGAAGUUUUCGAUGCAGCGAGUUUGGAAGGCUGGGUGAGAUACCUUCAAGUGCAGGAAAACGUACCUGUCAUUUCCCGAUUCGAAGACUUAUGUGUCUUGACGAGGCGGCCUUUUUCCACGGGCUGUGCCACUAAAACCGUGGCUCCGCCUCAGGAUAUGGAGAGACCGAUGUCUAUGGGUCAGUCGCUGAUCGCUCAGCUCCUCAAGAUAUGCAAGGAGCACGGCAACGUGACCAUCUGGACUCGAUGCGAGCUACAAGAGCUCUUGGUAUCUGAUCUUGAUGGCAGGGUGAUUGGAGCAAAGGUCCUGUGUGGACGUAGCGAAAAGCCGGUCCACAUCCACGCAUCAUUGGGCGUGGUGCUGACCACAGGAGGUUUCUCACAGAAUCAGAAGAUGAGAGAUACAUACCUCGGAAUCGGAUCUACCGACGGAAGAGCCUCAAAGAUAUCAACCAUGGCGGGUUGGAGUCUUGCUGCUCCCGGAGACAUUGGCAUUGCGCUUCAAGUCAGCCAAAGGCUUCACGCUGACAGUGCGCAGCUAGACCAAGUCUGGGGUAUCCCCACCAUGAUCAACCCUGGAACAGGGAAAGUAACGGAAGCCAUGUUCGCCAUAUCGAAGCCUUUUUCCUUCGUAGUAGAUGGCUAUGGACGCCGUUUCUUCUCCGAAUCCCAACCUUACGGUGCUGCUGUUAGGUCCAUGUACGAAAGGGCGAAGAAAGGCAGCAGGACAGCCGAAUUUUGGCUUAUUUUCGAUGACAAAUACAUGCAGGCAUAUCCUAUUGGGGGGCUCCAAAGUCCAUGGUUAAUUGACCAAGCCGUCGAAAAAGGCCUCCUGGUACGCUCAGAUACCGUUGAUGGUUUAUCAAAGCAGAUUCUGGUACCAAAUCAGAGUCUACAGGCAACCUUGAGUGAAUGGAACGAGAUGUGCGACGGUGGCCGUGACAAGCACUUCCACAGGGGCGAGGAUAGAUACCAGCAGUUUAUCGGCGAUCCAGAUGUCACACCAAACCCUUGUAUGGGCCCCGUCAAAGAGAGCCCUUUCUAUGCCAUCAAGAUCUUCCCUGGAGAUGCUGGCACAAGAGGUGGACUUCUGACUGACGAAUUCGCAAGAGUGCUUAGGAAAAAUGGCGAUGUGAUUCACGGCCUGUUUGCUGGUGGGAAUGCAUCCGCUGCCCUUCUUGAAUCGCAAGGCGCGGGCACGACGCUCGCUCCUGCAAUGACUGAGGGUUUCAUCGCCGUGACUUACAUGUUGUCUCUGGCUAGUGCUGCCAGUUCUAGCUAA